UCCGCCCACUGGAGGGCUGUCUGAGCUCCGCUAACCAGCCGGGAAACGCUGGCGGCUCCGAGAGCUUCUGUGUCACUGGCAGCGGCCUCAUCCUCCCUCACGCCAAAGCCCCCAUCCCUGCGCCCCGACCCGACCCAGCUGCGCUUUCUCCGGCCAAGACGCGUGGAAACUACAACUCCCAGAGCGCAUCUCGCCGAGAUCGGACCCCACGAGUCAGGUGGCAGAGGUCAGGUGACAGCGGACCCGCCUCUCCCAAAGUCUAGCCGGGCCGGGGAACACGGUGCAUUCCAGACCGGCACCUGGCGAGCCUCCUGCGUCCCCUGAGGGCGGUUCCCCGAGCUGGGGGGGCUCAGAUUGCUUUGGAGACGGUGAGAGGACCUUUGCGAGAGCGCGGGUUGACGUGCAGAGUGCUGGGCUCCGGGGGACUGAGCAGCACGAGACCCACCCUCCCCUCCGGGUCUUCACUCAGGGCGAAGGGACGACUCCUGAGCCCUGCCUCUUCCAGUAACAUUGAGGAGGAUAACCGUGCUUUGUGAGAGCUCGCUACGCGCCCUAAGCAACAGAGGGGGGCACUUUACAGAACCCAUUUGGCUCCCUGAACCCGUUUCCCCGUGUAUCAAAGAAAGUUCUGAGAAAUCGGGAAACAUGAUAAGGAAUUGGCUGGCUAUUUUUAUCCUUUUUCCCCUGAAGCUCGUAGAGAAAUGUGAGUCAACCGUCAGCCUUACCGUUCCUCCCGUUGUAAAGCUGGAAAACGGCAGCUCGACCAACGUCAGCAUCGCCCUGCGGCCACCAUUAAAUGCAACCCUGGUGAUCACUUUUGAAAUCACAUUUCGUUCCAAAAAUAUUACUAUCCUUGAGCUCCCCGAAGAAGUGGUGGUGCCUCCCGGAGUGACAAAUUCCUCUUUUCAAGUGACAUCUCAAAAUGUUGGACAAGUUACUGUUUAUCUCCAUGGAAAUCACUCCAAUCAGACCGGCCCGAGGAUACGCUUUCUCGUGGUCCACAGCAACGCCAUUAGCAUCGUAAACCAGGUGAUUGGCUGGAUCUACUUUGUGGCCUGGUCCGUCUCCUUCUACCCUCAGGUGAUCAUGAAUUGGAGGCGGAAAAGCGUCAUUGGUCUGAGCUUCGACUUUGUGGCUCUGAACCUGACGGGCUUCGUGGCCUACAGUGUAUUCAACAUUGGUCUCCUAUGGGUGCCCUACAUCAAGGAGCAGUUUCUCCUCAAAUACCCCAAUGGCGUGAACCCCGUGAACAGCAACGACGUCUUCUUCAGCCUGCACGCGGUCGUCCUCACUCUGAUUGUCAUCGUGCAGUGCUGCCUGUAUGAGCGCGGUGGCCAGCGUGUGUCCUGGCCUGCCAUCGGCUUCCUGGUGCUCGCGUGGCUCUUCGCACUUGUCACCAUGAUCGUGGCUGCAGUGGGGGUGACCACGUGGCUGCAGUUUCUCUUCUGCUUCUCCUACAUCAAGCUCGCGGUCACGCUGCUCAAGUAUUUUCCACAGGCCUACAUGAACUUUUACUACAAAAGCACCGAGGGCUGGAGCAUUGGCAACGUGCUCCUGGACUUCACCGGGGGCAGCUUCAGCCUCCUGCAGAUGUUCCUUCAGUCCUACAACAACGACCAGUGGACGCUCAUCUUCGGAGACCCAACCAAGUUUGGACUCGGGGUCUUCUCCAUUUUCUUCGACGUCGUCUUCUUCAUCCAGCACUUCUGUUUGUACAGAAAGAGACCGGGGUAUGACCAGCUGAACUAGCACCCAGGGACCCAGUGUGCACAGCCCCCAGCCUCGUGCCCUGCUGGGGAAGGCCUCACCCAGCAAAGGCCGGAGAAGCGGUUGGGCCCUGGCACGCAGGGCUGGCUCAGUGUGCGGACAGAGGAGAGCACUCUGCUCCUGGAGCCAGAGGCCGUUCAACAGCCUGCCUUCAUCUGGGCCCCUCCUGGGCCUCCCCGGCCAGGCACGUGGCACCGUCGCCUUGACGCCGCCAUCUCUUUUCUUUAAGGCUUCAAGCAGCGCACACAGGCUCUGGCAGCCGUCUCAGGCAGGACUGGGCACCGGACUUGCAGCUGAAGGCCUUGCCCCAAACUACCAGCGUUUCUGCGAGCAGCUUGAAGGGCUGACCUUGCGGUCGGGAGAGCCAAGGGCACUUUGCUGCCACCGCUGCGUUCCCAGAGACCAAGCAGCCAGGUGCCGUGGCCAGUGGACUCAGAGGUGCUGGUGGAGGGACUAGGACUUUGGGGUUAGGCCGCGGGAUUCUUCCUGUGAAGGCCACUUUCCUGACACGCUGUCUCUACAUAACUCAGCAUCCGCGACUGCCUUCAACAGCUGGCCCUGCCCAGAGUAUUUCUGAGCCCUGAGGGGCCCGCCAGAUCGGUUCUGAAUUGGACUCAGGCCCAGCAGAUUAGCAUACUAACUCCUUUCGGAUUUUGUGGAGGGACGUUUGGAAGUGGCUCAUUCUCUUCCCCCCUCUCUGCUACCUCCACCUUUCCAGUCAGAUGGGCCCCACCUGAGCACACCCAGCCCCUCCUUACCCAGCAUCUGGAGUACAGGACACAUCCCUCUCCCGUGACCAGUCUGUGCCUUAGAGGUCUGUUAGGCCUGCCAAACGGCGACCAGCUGCCCCGGAGGGAGGGCAGGCCCCCUUCUCUCUCUUUCUCCAGAUCCCUACCUGAGACUCACCAGUUUCUGGCCUGUUCAGGAGCCUCAGAUAAGUAUUUGUACUUGAGACCACCUCACACAAUCCGUAUGGGCCCAGCCCUGAUCUCAACCUCCUUCCCUCCACCCGAAGCUGCCGUCCUUCCUGUGGCAGGAGGGGGGGGUCCCAGGACGUGCCUCGUACAUGCCUUCAGCUUGUCAGUCCACUGAGUUUUCUUCCGUGAGAACAACGCGAGGGGCCUGCAUCUUGAAUUAAAACCUACUCGCUUCCUUUCUGCA